AUGGCUGCAGCGGCCCAGGACCCCCCGUCGGGCGGCCCCAUCGGGGUGCUGGUGAUGUCUGGACGCGACGCGCCCGAACUCAAGGUGCUCGACAAGCUGCCCGCCGGCAUGCGCGUCGUCGCCGUCGGCCGCUCCCUCGAGGACUUCUCGGGCGUCUCCGAGGAGGAGUGGCGCAGCGUGCAGGUCCUGCUCAACUGCGGCAUCCUCAAGAACGCCGCGAAGCGCGACCAGAUCGAGGCCGUGUGGCCCAAGAUUCCCAACCUCAAGUGGAUGCACCUGGCGUCGGCGGGCAUCGAGCACGUUGUGUUCCCGGACCUGGUCGACGGCGACGUCACGCUCACCAACGCCAGCGGGUGCUUCUCCCACUCCCUGGCGGAGUUCUGCCUCUUCGGAUGCAAGUACUUCGCCCUCGACUUCCCCCGGAUGCAGGCUGCCAAGGCGGGCAAGAGGUGGGAGCCGUACGAGGUCGAGGAGCUCCGCGGGCGCACGAUGGGCAUCAUCGGGUACGGCGACAUCGGCCAGACGUGCGCGAGGCUCGCGCGGGUGUUCCGCAUGAACGUCGUCGCGUACAAGCGCUCUCCGGGGGACCCCGCGGGGCUCGCGGACGCCGUGUACAGCGACGAGGCGGGGCUCGUGAAGCUGGCCGCGGAGAGCGACUACGUCGUCGCGGCGCUGCCGGGCACGCCGAAGACCCGCGCGAUGAUCGACGCCAAGGUGUUCGCGGCCAUGAAGCCCACAGCUGUGUUCGUCAACAUUGGGCGCGGAACGACGGUGGAUGAGCCGGCGCUCGUCGACGCGCUGGCGACGAAGAAGAUCCGCGGGGCCGUGCUGGACGUGUUCGCCACCGAGCCCCUGCCCGAGGAGAGCCCGCUGUGGGAGAUGGAGAACGUCAUCGUGUCGCCCCACACGGCGGACCGCACCACCGAGUUCCAGUUCGAGGCGCUACAGUUCUUCGUGGAAAACGCGGAGCGGUUCGCCGCGGGCGAGAUGCUCCACAACGUCGUGGACAAGAAGGCCGGCUACUGA